AUGGGGAUCCCAGCUCCCCGAGGCUUCCUCCUGCUGCUGCUGGCUGCCUUGGCUCCAACUCUGACCCAAACCCGCUCACACUCGCUAAGCUAUUCUGACAUCUUCUUGUACCGGCCUGGCCUCCGGGAGCACCGGUAUAUCUUCGUUGGCUACUUGGAUGACAGACGGUUUGUGCACUUCGACAGCGAUGCACACAGUCAGGGAGUGGAACCACUCGCACCAUGGGUGGAAAAGAUGCCACCAGAGCAUUGGGAGCAAUGGACACUGACAGUCAAGAACAGACAACAUUAUGGCUUAGCUCUCCUACAGGCUGCCAUACAAGAACACAACCAGAGCCUGGACGUCUCUCACAUUUUUCAGUGUUUGGAUAGCUGCACCGUUGGGCCAGACCAGCUCUUCCUACGAGGGUACAGUCGGCACGCCUAUGAUGGCCAGGAUUACAUGGCCCUGAGUGAAGACCUGAAAACGUGGAUGGUGACUGACUCAGCGCCUCAGAUCAACGCGAAAAUAUGGAAGGAGACUCUUCCAGCAGAGUCCUACCGGGCUUUCCUUGAGGUGGAGUGUGUGGAGACCCUCCUCAGCUACCUGAAGACAGGCAAGGAGCUACUGUUGCACACAGAGCCCCCAAAGGCACAUGUGACCCAUCACCCCAGACCUGAAGGGGACGUCACCCUGAGGUGCUGGGCUCUGGGCUUCUAUCCUUCGGAGAUCACCCUGACCUGGCAGAAAGAUGGGGAAGACCAGACCCAGGACUUGGAGCUGGUGGAGACCAGACCUGGAGGGGACGGAACCUUCCAGAAGUGGGCAGCUGUGGUGGUGCCUUCUGGGGAGGAGCUGAGAUACACAUGCCAUGUGAUCCAUGAGGGACUGCCUGAGCCUCUCAUUCUGAAAUGGGAGACACCCCAGCCCACCAUCCCCAUUGGGGGAAUCACUGCGGGUCUGAUUCUCCUUGGAGUUGUGGUCACUGGAGCUGUGACUGCCAUCGUGAUGAGAAAGAAGAUGAACAGAGGUAGGAAAGGGGCUGUUUUCUGA